AAAACCCCGUGGCUUGGGUAGAAGGUUCUCUUUUGAUGCUGCGCUGUUAGAGGGUGGGAGUGGGUGGAUCGAGGUUUAAAAAAAAUGCAGAUCUUCGUGAAAACGCUCACGGGAAAAACGAUAACCCUCGAGGUUGAACCCUCUGAUACUAUUGAAAAUGUAAAAGCUAAAAUUCAGGACAAGGAAGGUAUUCCCCCUGAUCAGCAGCGACUGAUUUUUGCUGGAAAACAGUUGGAGGAUGGCCGCACACUCUCUGAUUAUAACAUCCAAAAGGAAUCAACUUUGCACCUUGUAUUGAGGCUGCGUGGUGGUGCCAAGAAGAGAAAGAAGAAGUCUUACACCACACCAAAGAAAAACCAGCAUAAGAGGAAAAAGGUCAAACUUGCUGUCCUUAAAUAUUACAAGGUCGACGAGCAUGGAAAAAUCUCUCGCCUGAGGCGUGAAUGCCCUUCUGAAGAGUGUGGUGCUGGUGUCUUCAUGGCCAGUCACUUCAAUAGACAAUACUGUGGCAAAUGCUGUCUAACAUACUGCUACAACAAGAAUGAAGAUGCAUAAUUAUACACACAAAAUAAACUGAAUUCUUUGAA